CAGAUAAAUAAAAGAUCUCUAUUCGAUUUCAAUCGAGGAGCCAAUGGGUUGUCUCUUCCGUUGCUUCCGUCGUGCCAAAGCUGAUCGAUCUUCCAUCAACCAUCCCCUCUCUCAACCUCCCGGUGUCAACUCCAAUAGAGUCCAUGACUCCAAGAAUCGUUUAUCAGCUUUGUUUCUCUCUCAAGAGAAAGCAGAUUCUUCGCCUUUUCAUCAUCACAGAGAAGGAUCUGGUUUGUUGGAUUCUAUACAUAUUGACCAAGUUCUCAAGAAUGAGGCUCAGCUUCUUAAAGCUUCAGCAACACCGAUUGAAAUCAGGAAAGCAUCCGAAAAACUUGAAACUCCUCAACGUGGAGAACAGUUUACAUCUUCCCAGUUUCAUUCUUGGAUCUCCGGUAACCCUGAUGCAGUCUUUCAGUUGGGUGAGAAAACAGAUGAAGCCUGUAAAGAGGUUUCAGAGCAAACUCCUAGCAGUUCUAGAGGUUUCAUGCAUCUGGAACUUUACCUUUUUUCUUCUUUUGUCAAUAUCAGCUGCAUGACAGAUGCCCAUAACAGUGCAAGGGUUUACACUGGAUAUAGCGAUGCUGGUGAAGAAAGCCAAGAAAGCGUUGGUACUGAGUUCAGGGAUGCGGUGGACAGAUCCAGCAAGGCGCCAUUCACAGCGAGAAACAUUACGGGAAAGAUGGAAUCAGUGAGGCUCGAAGGUGAUUUUGAUCAAUCUUUCUCUCCUAGCGCUUCCAAAAACAGCACUUCAAAAAUACCAGAGAAGGCUGGAACCAUGAUUCCUUCAAAUAUGGAAUCAGCAUUUAGAGGGAGACCAAGAAUCAGGUCGCAGUUUGUGCAUUCAGCCUCCAAUCUUACUGAAAACGCCUCCAUAUAUAAGCUCCCUGAAGAUUCGGAUGAGAGCCUAGAGCAAACCAAAGUGCAGGCUUGCAAAGAGAAGAAAGAAACUGAAUCUCCCUUAUCAGUAACUUGUGAGGGAAAGUUGGAAGAGAGUUCAGAGAAGAGUAGCCAAAACAAGACGGCAGUAUCCACCCUUACUUAUGGGGACAGGCCUAUCAUUGGAGCGGCUGCUGCUCACUGGAACGAGAAAGAGCAGUCUCAAAUCUCACCCAAAUGGUGGGAUGGUAAUGGGAUACCAAACUCUACAAACAAGUACAAAGAGGAUCAGAUAGUGAGCUGGCACGCAACAUCUUUCGAGGAGAGAUUAGAGAAAGCACUUUCAGAAGAAGGUUGCCAAGGUUUCAUCCCAUCAAGAAAACUUGAAAGAACGGACGAGGCUGAAAGAGACACAGCUAUAUCACAGCUGCAUCAUCCAGCGCAAUCCACAUCAAUCGUUUCCUUCUGAUUCAUCGUGUAGUCUAUUGAGUGUGGAGGCAGUAUUGGCUUACGUACAGAACAGUUAUCAUAACUCAUGAGUAAUAUGAUACAUAGAAGAAUCUAUAUAGCGAACUAUACACGUUAGUUCAUAUCACUUCUAUUACAUUCACAUGAUAAUAGAGGCAGUGUCAUUCUUCCUAUUUUAGAUUCUUAUUUUAUUCAUUACGUAGAGAUUCUGUCUUCUACAUUUGAUCCGUACGUUAGGUUGAUUCUGUUAGAGGGAACAUCUUUUAAAAAUGCGACUGAGACAAGCGGUCUAACUCUGUCUCCGAAUCGCAAGACAUAAA